AAUGUGCUAAUAUUUUUACUUCACUUACUGAAUUUACCGAACCCACGUUUACUGAAUCCAUUGAACCUACCGAACCUACAUUUACUAAAUCCACUGAACCCACAUUUACUGAAUCUACUGAACCUACAUUUACUAAAUCCACUGAAUCAACCAAACUUAUUGAAUCUAUCGAAUCUACAGAAUCUAACG